UUGAAAUGGCUCAGGAGACAAACCAGACCCCAGGGCCCAUGCUAUGUAGUACAGGAUGUGGAUUUUAUGGAAAUCCUAGGACAAAUGGGAUGUGUUCUGUUUGCUACAAAGAACAUCUUCAGCGACAGCAGAAUAGUGGCAGAAUCAGCCCAAUGGGGACAGCUAGUGGUUCAAACAGUCCUACCUCAGACUCUGCAUCUGUACAAAGAACAGACACUGGCUUAAACAGCUGUGAAGGUAUUGCUAGUAGCACAUCUGAAAAAACAAGAAAUGUACCUGUUGCCGCUUUGCCUGUAAUGCAGCAAAUGACAGAAAUGAGCAUUUCAAGAGAGGAAAAAAUAUCACUGAAAACAGAGACCAAGCCAGUUGUUACUCAACCAAGCCCAUCAGUUUCUCAACCUAGUACUUCACAGAGUGAAGAAAGAACUUCUGAACUGCUUAAACCAAAGAAGAACAGGUGUUUUAUGUGCAGAAAGAAGGUUGGCCUUACGGGAUUUGAUUGCCGAUGUGGAAACCUAUUUUGUGGACUUCACCGUUAUUCUGACAAGCAUAACUGCCCAUAUGAUUACAAAGCAGAAGCUGCAGCAAAAAUUAGGAAAGAGAAUCCAGUUGUGGUGGCUGAAAAAAUCCAGAGAAUAUAAACUAGCCUACUUGUGAAAAGACUGACUUUUGUGUUAUUUUAAUAUACUCUAGGAAAGCAUUAAAGAGCAGAUGCAUGGCCAUUUUCCUUUGUUCUCCAAAGUUUUAAUUUUAGCCGUGUCUGUCUUAGUGAUAUUUCAGAAUGUUUGGGUGUUUGUUACAGGCAGAAUUUGAUAGAU